GUAGGUAGCUACAGUAAUGGGGCGCUCAAUCCUCUCUCACUUCUUAAUCCUCUCCAAUGCUUCUCCCCGCUCAAUCUCCUCCUCGCCGAGUGGUGUUCACCUGAGCAAAUGCUGGAAUAGAACGAGAGCAAUCCAGCCGCAGCGGCGGCGAAGAAUCGGAGAUGGUUUGCGCUGCCUUUGCACCGUCGCAGUUUCCGAACCUUCCACUUCUGAGACUUCCUCUACCUCCGUAAAGAAGAGAAUAGUCUCUGGUGUCCAGCCCACAGGAUCCAUACAUCUUGGAAAUUAUCUUGGUGCCAUAAAAAAUUGGGUUGACUUGCAGAAUACAUACGAGACACUCUUCUUCAUUGUGGAUCUUCAUGCGAUUACGUUGCCAUAUGAAACACAGCAAUUAUCAAAAGCGACAAAAGAUACUGCAGCUCUAUAUUUGGCAUGUGGUGUGGACACUUCCAAGGCCUCAGUUUUUGUGCAGUCUCAUGUCCGUGCUCAUGUAGAAUUGAUGUGGCUGCUGAGCUCUGCGACCCCAAUUGGAUGGCUAAAUAAGAUGAUUCAGUUUAAAGAGAAAUCACGAAAGGCUGGGGAUGAAAAUGUCGGAGUUGCACUUCUAACCUAUCCAGUGCUGAUGGCUUCUGAUAUCCUCUUAUAUCAGUCUGAUUUUGUCCCUGUUGGUGAGGAUCAGAAGCAACACCUGGAGCUGACUCGAGAAUUAGCUAACCGUGUUAACUAUUUAUACGGUGGAAGGAAGUGGAAGAAGCUGGGAGGGCGAGGUGGAGCUAUUUUUAAGGUUCCUGAACCCCUUAUUCCACCUACUGGAGCUCGUGUGAUGUCCCUUACUGAUGGUCUUUCCAAGAUGUCAAAAUCGGCACCAUCUGAUCAGUCUCGUAUCAAUUUGCUUGACUCAAAAGACGUCAUUGCCAACAAAAUAAAGCGUUGCAAGACUGAUUCUUUUCCAGGCUUGGAAUUCGAUAAUCCUGAAAGACCUGAAUGUAACAACCUUCUUUCAAUAUAUCAGCUCAUUACCAGCAAGACAAAACAGGAAGUUGUGGAAGAAUGCGGAGAUAUGAAUUGGGGAGCAUUCAAACCUCUGAUUACCGAUGCUUUAGUUGAUCAUCUUCAUCCCAUCCAGGUUCGUUACGCAGAAAUUAUGUCCGAUACCAGUUACUUGGACAACAUUUUGGCCGAUGGUGCUACUAAAGCUUCCUCCAUAGCAGAUGUUACUGUCAAUAAUCUCUAUCAAGCAAUGGGAUUUUUACGGAGAUGAGUUUCAAAAAGGUGAUUAAUAUGGGAGUCGGAUUCGCUUUCACUUCUAUGGCUUAUAUUAAUGAGAUCAUCUUUGAUGAGAAAAAAAGGUAAGUAUAGUGGGAACAACGUGUUUACAUGCUCUUUAUUCGAUUCCUCCAAAUGGGGUUGCAUUUUCAUUUAGUGUUUAUUCAUGGCCUAAAAUUUUGGUUAUCUGUUGAUAUCAUAUAAAUUAAUAUGUGAUUAAUUCAUCAAUGUCUAAUUCAACAGAUCUAAUUUUUAGAACUGUUCCCUGGUUCUGGGAGUCGUGUUGAUCUAUGUGUACGUACAGUUGCGGUUGACUUUGCACAUUUGAGCUGAAAAUUUUAUGGGAUGAUUGUUUAGAACUUGCAUAAAUUGUUUGUACAUUGGAU